AUGCAAUGCUGCAUUUUCCUUUGGAUUCUACUUGGAACAGCUACAACCGAUACAAAAGCCACUGAUGAGGAGAUCUUGGCCAAACUUCGGGACCAAAGAGUCUAUGUAGCUGCAGGAUAUGCAUACGCAAGCGAAGAAAGUGGCUGGUUCUGCAUGGCUUUUGCGCAUCCGAGGGAUGUUCUUGAAGAAGGUCUCAAGCGCACGCUCCAGGCCUUGGCUUCAUAG